AUGGCGCUACCCCUUCUUCGAAUUCCUGGUACUUCUUCCAUUCCAUUUGUCACCACAAAGCCCAAGUCUUUUCCUUCCAGAACCUUCCGCAAGACGACGGUGGCAGCAGCGGAGCUUCAAACACCGCUGGUAGCGUUGGGCAGAACCGAUUUCCGGUAUCCGAAUGUUGAAGCUCCUAGCCAUAAGGUCAAAGUCCAUGACAGAGAACGCGGAAUUGUUCACGAAUUUCUCGUUCCUGAGGACCAAUAUAUUUUGCAUACUGCUGAGUCUCAGGAUAUUACCCUUCCAUUUGCCUGCAGGCAUGGUUGUUGUACAAGCUGUGCUGUUCGGGUUAAGAGUGGGAAGAUUAGACAGCCAGAGGCACUUGGGAUAUCUGCCGAAUUGAGAGAGCAGGGUUAUGCACUUCUUUGUGUGAGUUUCCCAUGCUCUGACCUUGAAGUAGAAACUCAAGAUGAAGAUGAGGUAUAUUGGCUUCAAUUUGGACGUUAUUUUGCAAGAGGACCAGUGGAAAGAGAUGACUAUGCCUUGGAGUUGGCCAUGGGUGACGAUUGUCAAUUGUAUGAUUCUCAAUCCAAUGGAACAGAACAUGAUUCUCUCACCAAGUUGGCUGACAUAAACAAGGCUGUUGGGGAACAAGGGGCAAACAUCAUAGGACCAUGA